AUGAACGUCCUGGAAUAUGUCCUGUUCGGAGUUCUGGUCCUCGCAAACCUUGCCCUGGGUCUUUGGUUCUCCUUACGGAAGAAACAUGGUCGACACGCCGGUUCGAAUUCCGCAGUGGUGGAAGUGUUCCUCGGAAGCCGGACACUCAUGAUGCUUCCUCUGGCUGCUUCAACGGUGGCAUCCAUCCUGUCGUCGACGGGGCUUGUCGCCUUGCCUGCCCACUACUACGCGUAUGGCUGGCACGUGCUAUGGGGUGCGGUGACGCCUCUGUUACUUUUCCCUUUGGCUACGCGCGUAUUUGUGCCCGUAAUCUACGACCUUGGCGUUACUUCAAUCUUCGAGUACAUCCGUAUGCGCUUCAACAGCACUAUAUCAUUCACUGCAUGCGCUAUUUACAUCUUUUUAACGCAAAGUGUCGGUGCUAUCUCUAUUUUCGCAGCGUCCUUGGCACUUGAAACAGGAGUGGUAGUUGAUGUGCGCAGCAUCAUUUGA